GGAACCGACAAGGUCGAGUCUGCACGUGGGGUCUGCGUUGGGGAACGGACUGGGUUGUGGCGGUUGGUUAAUGCCAUUUCAGGAGAGUCAGGACGUCUUGGCGCGAUCUCGUCAGAUGAGAAGCCCGAAUGGAAGGUGAUCUGAACUGUCGGGACAUUGAGUCUGAGAAGGACAGAGACGCCGUCGAAUAUGAGGUUAUUCAAAAGGAUUUCACGCACGAGUACUCAGCAGCAUCCACCACUUCCCUCGCUGCUGACGGCGGAAAGCGAUCUACCUACAUCACACAUCUUGCUGCCAAUGGGUCACAUUCACAGCUGACGGCCGCGUGCUCGGACAACGCUCUGGCCGUGUUUGACUGGAGCACCCUGCAGACCAUCACCCACCUCAGGGGUCACACGGCCAAGAUCACCGGCGCCAGAUACGUGCCGGGCGAAGACGCCGUGGUCGUGUCGUCCUCGCUGGACGGCACCGUUCGACAGUGGGACACGCGCACCGGCCGCGCCACCCUCCAGCACACUGACGCGACCCUGCAGAAGCCGAAGCCACUCACCUGCGUGGACGUGAACGCGGCCGGCCGGUUCGUGUGCGCCGGCACCGAGGUGGUGCAGGACGAUUCCUUCCUCGUGUUCUGGGACGUGCGCCAGCCGAACCCGCUCGGCGGGUACUGGGAGUCGCACACGGACGAUGUCUCAACGGUGCGGUUCCACCCGACCGACAGCGGCGCUCUGGUCAGCGGCUCCACGGACGGCUACGUGAACGUGUUCGACGUGACGCAGACGACCGAGGAUGACGCCCUGCAGGCCACGCUCAACACAGAGUCGUCCGUCAGCUCGGUUACCUGGUGGGAGCGGGCCGGCCGGCGUCACCUGGCCGUCGUGCUGGACACCGAGGAGCUUCAGAGCUGGGACAUCGAGGAGAGCGAGCGGCGCGGCCAGUUUGGCAGGAGCGACAUCGCGGCCGCCAUACGGAGGACCAUGUAUGAGGUGUGUUAUGUUGAAGGCUGUCACCAGACAGCGUCCGGAGACGUCCUGGCUGUGGCAGGCGCCGUCACAAAGGAGGGACACGGCUGUCUGCGCCUGCUGCGGCUGGGCGACUCGGGAUUGGAGCCGCACGCGCUGCUGGACGACGGCGAGGACCCCGCGCAGCUGGUGCGCGCCAGCGUCUACUGUCCCGCGACGGGCGCCCUGGUGACCGGCGGCGAGGGCGGCGUGCUCACACUCUGGAAGCCCGGCGCCCAGCCCAGCGGCUCCAACAGGCGGCAGAGCAAGGCCGUCCACCAUCGGCGCAGCAGGCAUAAACAAAAGCCGUACUGACGUCAGGAGACGCCGCGGCCGCCGGCGCUGUGUUGUGUAAUAUAUCGGACUUGUGAUAUG